CGAGCAGCCCCGCCGGACGAAGAUGCCGCCGCCGCCGCCUUGGCUGCUGCUGCUGCUGGCUCGGGCCCUGCUGGGCGCCGCGCAAGAGCCCCAGGCCGCCGCCUGCGGCCCCGACGGCUGCUAUGCCCUCUACCCCCAGCGCCGCAGCUUCCUGGAGGCCUGGCGCAGCUGCCGCGAGCAGGGGGGCAACCUGGCCACCCUCAAGCACCCGGAGGAGGCGGAGCAGGUGGCCGAGCUGCUGAGGGAGGCCGGCGCGGGCGGGCAGCAGCCGCCGCCCCCGCCCAGCCAGCCGCUCUUCUGGAUCGGCCUGCAGCGCCAGCCGCGGCAGUGCUUCCCUCAGCGGCCGCUGCGGGGCUUCACCUGGACCACGGGAGACCAGGACAGCGUCUACACCAACUGGGCCCGGCCGGCAGCCGCCGGCGGUAGCAGCGGCAGUUGCGCGGCCGCCCGCUGCGUGGUGCUGGGCGGCCACGACGCCCUGUGGCACGAAGGCUCCUGCAGCCUGCCCGUCGACGGCUACCUGUGCCGCUUCGCCUUCCAGGGGAUGUGCCCGGGGCUGCAGGAGGAGGAAGAGGAGGAGGAGGGCGGCUCCGUCAGCUACAGCACGCCCUUCGGCCCGGCCGGCGGCCGCCUCCGCUACGUGCCCUUCGGCACCGUGGCCGCCGUGAGCUGCGGCGGGGGCGCCUCGGCGGCCGCCGUCUCGGUGCUGUGCCUGCAGAAGGAGGACGGCGCCGUGGGCUGGUCCAAGAGCGCCCCGCUCUGCCGGGAGGCGGCCUACCCGCAGCACAGCUGGUGCGAGGGCGACAACGGCGGCUGCCAGCAGCUCUGCCUGGACGAGGAGGACGCCGGCUACUCCUGCGAGUGCCACGCCGGCUACUACCUCCUGCCCGACGGCCACUCCUGCGCCGCCGGUGGCGAGGGCGCCUGCCGCGGCCAGCCCUGCCAGUUCGAGUGCGUGCCGGAGGCCGACGGCGGCUACCGCUGCCGCUGCCCCGAGGGCUACGAGCUGCUCGGCGACGGGCGCCACUGCGAGGACGUCGACGAGUGCGCGCAGGCGCCCUGCGAGCACCAGUGCGAGAACACCGAGGGCUCCUUCGUCUGCCGCUGCCACCUGGGCUUCAGCCUCUCCGACGGCGAGGAGGAGGAGGACGAGGAGGAGGAGGAGGAGGGCGGCGAGGGGCCCGGCCGCUGCACCGACACCGACGAGUGCCAGAUCGCCGGCGUGUGCCAGCAGAUGUGCGUCAACUACGUGGGCGGCUUCGAGUGCUACUGCUCCGAGGGCUACGAGCUGGACGCCGACGGCAUCACCUGCCUCCUGGUGGCCCAGUUCCCGCCGCCGCCGGCCACGGCCAGGAGCCCCCCGGGAGGAGGCGGCGGCGGCGACCUCCUGCUGCCGCCCUUCGAGUGGCCGCAGGACAUGGGGGGCCACCUGGAUCACAGCCUGGCCCUCUCGGAGCCUUUCCCCGCCUUCCCGGAGCCCCUCCCGUCCGCCCGAGCCACCCAGGCUCCCCGCGCACCCCCCAGCGCGGCCCCCUCCCCGGAUCCUUCUUCAGAUCCCCCUCACCGUUCCUCCACCCCAAACCUUCGCAGCCCCACACUCAGCCCCACACUCGCGGACUCCUCCCCGCCCCCGCUCGCCCCCGCCGCCCCCGGCGUCUCCACGAGGGGUCCUCCCCCCACCCCGACAGACCCCCGCUCCUCGCCGCCCCUCUCUGCCCCCACGGCCUCCCCGCCGCUGCACUCGCCGGUGCGAGCCGGCUCGCCCGGCAGGGAGGGGGAGGAGGACGCUGUGGUUGGGGGCGUCAGGGCUUGGGCCACCCCCAGCGCGACCCCGGGGGAGGAGGAGGAGGAGCCGGCGCGGCCUCGACGGGACAACCGGUGGCUCCUGCUGGCCUUGCUGGUGCCCAUCUGCGUCUUCGUGGUGGUCAUGCUGGCCCUGGGCCUCGUCUACUGCACCCGCUGUGGGGCUCAGGCCAAGACCCGGAGCGUCACCCAGUGCUACCGCUGGGUGAUCAGCUCGGCGGGCAAAGGGGGGCCCCCGCCGGCCUCCAGCCCCUGCCAGCCCCGCGGCGCCACCCGUCGAACCAGCGUCUGAAGAGACCCUUGUCCCCCCACCCACCCUCCACCCCCAAGCCCAGCCGGGGAAGGAUGCCGAGCCUCACCGCCAGGCUGGAAGACAAGAGACACGCGCCACACACCGCCCCGACGGCCGCCGCCGCUUGUCUGGGGCAGGCAGGAGG